AUGGAUGCUAAAACGAACACGCAUGUCCGGCUGGGGUUGAAGGCGCCCAACGCAGCUACUAUACCCAAAUUGUCCGCUUCAGCCGCGCGUCCACGCAUGCGCCUCGCCCGCCCGCGAGCCCGUGCUCUCGCCACGCUGGCUCGGCCCAGCACCCGCCGCGCCGCGCCCGCCUCGCCGCCGGCGAGCCUGCCCCGCCCCGCCCGCGCCUCGCACCGCUCUGCGCGCGCCCGCCUCACCGCGGCUCGCCCCCGCCGCCACGCGCUCGCCCGCGCGCUCCCGCCUCGCCUCCUGCUCCCGCACGCGCCCGCCUCACCGCGGCUUGCCCCCGCCGCCGCGCGCUCCCGCCUCGCUUCCCGCUCGCGCCCGCUCGCCCGCCCGCCGCUCCCCGCCCCGCCCACGACCUCCCGCGGCGUGCCAGCGCCCUGCCCGCGCCCUCCCCGCCCCGAGCUCGGCCGCGCCCCGCCUGCCGCGCGCCCCGCCCCGCCCCGUGCGCCCGCCUACUCGCGGCCUCGCCUCGCCCGUGCGCGCGCCGGCAGCCGCGCCGCUAGCCCAUGUGCCCGCCGCACUCCUGCGCCCGCGUGCACCGGCAUGGGUGCCAGGCGGAGAUUCAACCAGCUCAUGUACGUGCCCAACCACAGCUUCAGCAGCCCUGCCCCCUGCGCGACAUCUCACUGCUGCUCGACGGACAGCCAACGCACGGCGCUGCUGCUUGCCGGCACCAACCUGAUCCUUGUCAUCGCUAUGCUGUUCUUAAUCUUCCUGCAGCGCAGCAGUUAG